AUGAUUUCCAAAUCAAACUGUUCCUUCACGAAUACCUCACUGUCUAGGUGUAUUCAAGACCUAGUGUGUAAUACCAGUGUUGGGCUAAACCUCAGUGAGGUAGAGAUCGAUGAGUUCUGCCUUGACCACGACGAGUACCUGGAGAAAUAUCUUGGACCUCGGCGUUCUCCGGUCUUUCUGCCCAUUUGCAUCACCUACCUGAUCAUCUUCUCAGUAGGAGCGUUGGGCAAUGUUCUCACCUGCACCGUAAUAGCUCGCAACAAGAUCAUGAGGACACCGACCAACUUCUACCUGUUUAGCUUGGCUGUGUCCGACCUCCUUGUCCUUCUUUUGGGAAUGCCAUUGGAGCUCUACGAAAUGUGGAGUAACUACCCAUUCCUUCUGGGCAAGAGCGGCUGCUACUUCAAAACCUUCCUGUUUGAGACCGUAUGCUUCGCAUCCAUCCUAAAUGUAACGGCGUUGAGCGUGGAACGCUACAUCGCAGUGGUCCACCCGCUCAGGGCCAAAUAUGUUGUGACGCGCACUCAUGCCAAGCGGGUGAUCUUAAGCGUGUGGAGCGUUUCCAUGUUGUGCGCCAUUCCCAACACGAGCCUCCACGGCAUUUUUACUCUCCCCUUUCCCAAAGGCAAAGGAACAGGGGGCGUGCCAAAUUCUGCCACAUGCAUGCUGGUCAAGCCACGUUGGAUGUAUAACCUGAUCAUUCAGAUUACCACUUUUUUGUUUUUCCUCCUGCCCAUGUUGACCAUCAGCGUGCUGUACCUGCUAAUCGGCAUCCAGCUGAAGCGAGAGAAGAUGCUGCAGGUCAUGGGCGCAAAAGCCAGCAUGGGACAAGAUGGCUACUCAAAUGCACACAGUCAACAGCAGAAAGCACGUCGCAGGCAGGUCACUAAAAUGCUGUUUGUGCUUGUGGUCAUGUUCGGCAUCUGCUGGGCUCCUUUUCACACGGAUCGCCUGAUGUGGAGCUUUAUGGACCAGAGCACCAGCGACCACAGCGAAAUCUUUCAGGUCUACGAGUAUGUUCACGUCAUUUCGGGUGUCUUCUUCUAUCUGAGCUCGGCCAUUAACCCCAUCCUGUACAACCUGAUGUCCACCCGUUUCAGGGAGAUGUUUAAGGAGGUGAUGUGUCACCGUACAUGGCACCCAGCCCCGAGGAAACGCUCUCUGAGCAUGACCCGGGUCACUAUGCGCAGCACUGUCAGUGAAAUCCCACCCUGUAAUGGCACAGUCGCUAAUGAAGGAGAAGAUUACGAUAUAUGCGAAUGUCAUGGAAAUAAGAUCACACUUUCUUAAGAAAACAAGCUGAAAAUCUAUUUUGCUGUAUUAUAUUUGGUGUCAAAUUAUCUGCUUUGCAUUCGUGGUAAAGCUUCUGUUUGUUUUAAGCUAAUGUGUGUCAUUUUUGUUACUGUUGUUUGUUUUUCUUAACAUCUAGGGGUCAUAAGUAAUCCAUCACUUGGAUCACUUACAGUACGGGGCCGGUAGAUUAAUCCACGAAUAGACCUUAGGACAUUUAAGUAUUUUUUACAAACAUAAUUUACAAAAAGAAAUGUAUAGAUUGAAUGCAAUGUAAAUCACUUUAAAGCACCUGCCAAACGCAUAAAUGUACAUAUAUACUUUCAUGUUAAAGCUGUGGCCUAUUGCAGAAGUGGCAAAAGAUUUUGUUUAUGUCUUCAUUAUUAGUUUCUAUGUGACAUCACGUACUUGGAGAAACAAUGCUACGCGAUGUCUUGCUGAAGGGCAAGAAAGUGCUAUCUGCCGUUGUCCGCAGGUUAAAGGUGGGGUGCAUGAUCUCUGAAAGCCAAUGUUGAUAUUUUAAAUCACCUAAACAAACACGCCCCCCUACACCCAAUAGAAUCUGGACCUUCUUUUAAUAGACCCGCCCCACACAUACGCAACCCAGACAACGAUGUUGGUUAGUAGACACACCCCUUACUGCUGAUUGGCUACAAGUGUGUUUCGGUACUUGGCCCGACUCCCUUUUCCAAAGUGUUUUUCAAAAAUCAUGCACCCCGCAUUUAAGAAGUGAGUGAUUUCUUUAGUUUAGCCUAAAUAUGGAUAGUUGAAUAAAAUCCACUAACCGACGAGGAGAGAAAACUGGGCUAUGCUUCUACAGAAUUCUGUCAGAGAAGUAAACCCAGAAUUGUGAAUUUUGUGCCAUAAUAUGAUGUAAUAAUAAAAAGAUAAUUUCAUUGAUAUGCUUUAAAGGUGCCGUAGAAUGUAAAACUGUAUCUACCUAGCCAUAGAUGAAUAAUAAGAGCUCUGUACAUGAUAAUGACAUAUCGUGAGCAUCAAACACGAUUGUUCCCUCCUUCUUAUGUAAACCUGUGCAUGAAAAAGA